AUGUCUUCCAAAGUUGCCAAGAUGGACUCUCCUGAGCGACGCUCCGCUGCGGACUUGCAACGCAUCCUUGAUAGUCUCAUAGGAGACGCGGGCUUCGUUCUCUCUGGGGACCUUCCGGAUGUCCUAUUCACAUAUGAGAAGGAGCAUGACAUUGUCAUCCUAGAUCCUAGCGAGUAUGAGAGUCUUCGUAUGCUCUGCGUGCAACAUGCCGACCUAGAGCUCGGACCAAAGGAGAUGUUCAGUUUCCUCUCCAUGAUUCCUAAACCACAAAGAAGACAAUCACCUGCUCCAGGAUUGCCACACUCCUCUUCCAUGCCCCCCUCAUCCUUCAGCGACCAAUCGACCCCACAAGCGAGGAAACCAGGACGUCGAAGGUAUUCUGAUCGUAUUCGUUCUCCAUCCGAUUCAUCUAGUUCCAGCUCGGAUAACGAAGACGUUACUCAACGAUUCGAAGGACAAUCAGCUCCUACAGCUCGACACGCUUUCCCUCAGUCGGCAACUCAGGCCUCAUUCGCUCCACGUCCUGUUCCUCCAAAACGAACAAAGACAUUGUCUGAUCCGUCCAGGUUUGAUUCACCUCUGACUGCUCGUGUACGUGGAGCUGCCCAACCUCCGAGUGCUUUCGGCUUUGCUCGACCUAGUCCUAUAAGUAGACGACGCCGUGGAAGUGCAGGUGCGACAGGUUCAGCUACCAACGAGGAAGGAGUCGAUGUGGCCAUAGGAAGACCUUUCACGAGGACUGCCAGCUCGAUGUCUAUCACAACGGCUUCACCCGCAAUGUCUGCAAGAGACAAGAGUCUACCGACUUCACCGAUUUCCCCUACAGGCCUGGAUCACACUUCUUUCCACCUGGGCGGGAAAUCGCCAGAUGAAGAGGAGAUGGAGGGCAUUGAGAGGCUGAUGAGCGGCCCUCAAGCGUAUGACCAACCCCAUGAAAGCACAGGCGACGAAGAUGAGAUCGAUGGAGAUCUAGUGUCUGACACCUUGUCUGCGAUGGGUCAAGACUCGUUAAACCCUCGUCUCAGUCACUUAUCGACGGAAUCUACCAAUUCGUUACGAACCUCACAUGACAAACUGAGAGCGCUGCAAAAGCAAAACACAGAGCUUUCCCGAAAGUUGAAAGAGUCAGAGAGGCAAUUGGCAGUGCUGGGAUCUGAAAAUGAACGAUUGGUGGAAGACCUUCAGAACAAAUUGGAGGACGCUCGCAUGGAGAUAUCACAGAAGCGCAAGGAUGAGAAUGACCUCAGAGGCAAGGAGCGUGCCAACAAUAUUCAGAUUGCAGGACUUGAAGCCGACAUUCUGAGCCUACAACGCAGCCUCGAAAACUCCAAAACCAAUCACGCCAACAUGCAAAAGAUGUACAACACUCAAUGCGACGAGGCAGAACGUCUUCGAAUGAUGCUCCGCGCACGUGACACGGAAAUCAAAGAAUUUGAGGAAGCUGCUGAGGCUCAUCAAGCCGACGAGGACAAGACCCGUCAAGAAAUAGAAGCUUUGGAGCACGAAGUCAAGCGCUUGGAGGAGGAUCUAGCGAUUGCUCGUCAAGCCGAGAAUAUCCUUGAAACGCAGAAGCAGGAAAAUCUCCAAUUGAAGGAGACCAUUGAUCGGAUGCGCUUUGAUCUCGACGAGGCGAGAACCGCCGCGGCCAACGCUGGAACGGGGUCGGGACACUCGAAAGGUCUCACUAGCAGUUCUGGCCAUCCAACAUUGUCUCGGAACCUUGGUGACGAGCUGAACCGGAGACUUUUAGAUGCGGAAAAGGCCCGGGAUGAUGAAGAGGAUGGCUACGUGGAGACUAUAGUGACCACCCAGCGCACUCGGAAAGUUGGGAAUCGUAAUAUUUCUAGUACAGUGCCGUCUAUCCGAGUGGAAGAAGGGAUCAAGGAAUAUGCGGACGCUUCCACGGAGACUGAUCCUCUCCCCGACCUUCCCUCGUCUUCGACGGCCGGAUCAUCACUUGAUCCUCUAUCUCCUCUUCCACCUGCAUACUCUGCCGAACCUCCUCCUAUCAACAAACAAGAAGUGCUCGACCAUGCGCAUCCCCGGAUCGAAACUUCGCAUGACGAGGGCGAUGUGUAUGGGGAGUAUGACGCGGUAGUCGAAGCUCUAGGUGUGCGGUGUACCGUUUUGGAAGACAAACUCAAGGGUCGAUCAGAUGCGCAAGUUAAGAGGGACUUGAGUGAUAGUGUUCCCUCGUCAUCGGCGCACUCACGCACUUCAUCAUUCUCGGACCGUCGUCGAUCGGGACAGAGACCAGGGAUCGUCAACUACUUCUUUUACACUUCGAGGACUGCAGUUCAAGAUCAAGUGGGAAAGUUUGCUGUAUGGUCUGUUCUGGUCUUUGCUGUUGGUAUCAUUGCCGGUUCCCACUUGUACAGCCCGUCUGGAAUCCAUCCUCGCGAUUAUCAUUUGUUUCAUCAGAUGAACACACUUGCCGUUGCUGCCGGUGUGGGGGAAGGAUUUCUACCCAUUGGUCACAAAGGUGUUUUAGGAUUUGUGGAGAGCGGAGCUAGGAUGGUCGCUGGUCGUGUUCCUAGCUGA